AGAAACUGUUAGGGAGUUGAGCAAACCACUUCGAGUAAAAAAAGAAAUCAGAAGAAGACUCACUGCAAGGCGUUCAUCCACACGUGCCGCUUCACACAAUAUAUCAGGCUUUAAGCAGUUCAAGUACAGCAUGAGUAUGUAUUGGUACAAGAUAAGGCAAUCUGUGGAAGACACAUUCCAUGAUUACAGCCUCUGGCAUAAGGAGCUCAAGGAGAUAGAAGGAAUGUUUGGCACGGGUGUUGGUUCCUACUUCAGGUUUUUACGCUAUCUCUUCAUCCUGAACUUCGUCAUCACUGUUUUAGUGUGUGGGCUCCUAUUAACACCACAGUUGUUGCAACGAAUGAACUCAAAAGGAGUGAAUUCUGACAUUGGAAACAACAGUAAGUAACAGCUUGUUUGGUCAAUGUUCCUCUUCUUUUUUCUUUUUUGAAAAUUAAUGUCAACACAUUUGAGCAGCUGCUCUGCUUGGUGCAUGGCUUGUUGGCCAGAUGAAUGCAAACAAUUGUGCGGUGGCAAGACUAUGUGCCUCCCCUUUGCAAUAUUAUUUUCUUUUUUUGCAUGAGCAUUUUUACCAUUUUUAUCAUUUUCCUUUAUCCAUAUUUGUCAUUUGAUUUGCUUUAUCUAUAUGGUAAUAGAUUGUUUUCCUUGCACAGACUCCAUUUCAUCCCUCUAGAUAAUCCAAACUUUAGUGUUAUAAAAGUAAGAAUAUGUAACAUUUUGUUUUUUGUGUAUUUAAAAAAAUGAUGAGAAAUAAAGAUUCAAAUAUUCAAUAUCCUGUGAUACAGCAUGCACUGCUAAUCAUGGCAGGGAGGAAUAGGAUGCUGGAUGCAUGGAAAUAGUGUCCUCCCUAGAGCUGGUGUUCUUCCAGUCAUGGAAGAGCACCAGUCUAUAGUGUCCAGUCACGGGCACUACAUUCCACACUAAUUUAUAAAUGGAAAUAAUGCAUAAACCUCUUUCUAAACAUCAAAUGAGUCUAAUCACCCUUCAAAAGAUCUGUGCACUUGUGGUGAGUCUUCAGCC